AUGUCCGUCUCCGGGAUGAAGAAGCAGCUCCACAAAGCCAGUCAGGUAACGGGGACCAACCGAACCGGGAUCAUCCGGAGAGUAUCCAGAAGGGUGGGAUUAAUGUCGGCUAAAUAUUCACUUCAGUCCGAGCUCAGAGUGUUUACUGCGACACGGGGCCUGCUGCACUCACCCACAACACCACUGUUAAUCCUGCAGACUGAUAUAAACCCGACACAUCUGGGGAAUUUAACCAUAACAGAGAGAAAUAAACCGGUUAUUUCUGCCUGAAUCAGACCUGAAUCCACCUGCAGACUGUCUAAUUAUAGCCUUUCUCUGUUGUUGACUGUUUUCGUGCUGCUUCUGUUCUCUGGUUACCACAGACAACUACAGUAACUAACCACUGCAGGACUAAAAAUAGUGUUUCAAAGGCUGCUGCUGCUGUUAUUUUUACUUAAACUGUUUUUAUUAGUAGGGGAGACCGGGGGCAGACAUUACAUUCUCAUGAUUUCCUCUAAAACUGAUGUUUUAAUGUGUACUACUUCUCAAACCCGUGGCUGUAUUUUCACUUAUAAGGAAGAGGCUGUUUUAUUUAAUAUAAAAAAGGAGGUCAGAGUGUUAUAAUAAUGGGCAUUGUUCAGAAUAUAGAAGAAUUUUGUGAUAUCAAACCAUUUUAUCGCAAAUGUAAGCAAGUACAUUUAGUUUGCUUAAGUAUGCGUAAUGAGGGUUUUUGUUAACAGUGAAGAGUCGGUUAUAUUCAGGUGUAGUUAAUCUAUUUUUGCCUACAGCUUAACAAUCAUUCCAGAUUUUAAUGAAUUACACCGAGGCAAAAGUUUAUUUCAAAAACUGAUUAAAAUCAGAACAGUCUCAAGCCAAAGUAAUAUGAAACAGUCCAAAACAGACACUUUAAAGCUCCUUACACACCGGGGCCGACACGAAUAUAGAACACGAAAUCAUGAAAUAUUCAGAGGCGAAUUUUGACGCGCCUGAGUAUACACAUUAAGCCCGACGUGAUUUUGUGACUUUCCGGGGGAAAAAAGACGCAUCCUGGGAAGACUUUUCCGGGGGAGAGUCCCGCCUCCUUCGCCUUUGGUGGCUAGAAAAGCUGGAAACUGACCUAUCAGAACCUAUUUUCAGAUGCCUGUUGGGCAACUUGAAGUUCUGCUGAAACAAUUAGCUCCAAGUUUGAAGAGGCAGAGUACUAGACACUAGACACGAGUAUUGAGAUGUCUGUCUGUCAUGAUAGCAUGUACUGAGUCGAGGCCAGUACCAGAUAAGCACAUGAAACUAUGCUAACAACGGUUAGCUUACGUUAGCACAGAUGAAAGUUCAAACAAAGACAUUUAUCAAACUGUUAAAGCUCACAAACCAUCGUCAGAUGAGAAAUCCGACGCUAUGACUCUCCAUAAGUCGUCCUUCAGGUUGUUAUCUUUGUAAUGUUUGUGUCUUUAUCAAAAAUCACUCUGUUCUCCGACACGUAAACAAUCAGCCGGUCGGCCAUGUUGGAUAUACCGAUGGAUCUGACGUCGCAACAACAUGCAAUCUGAUUGGUCAGAAGUGGACACACAGUAUGAGAAACUUUAGAAAAAUCAACCAUGAUCCGAAAAAAUUAAUGCCGCAAUAUCGCAGGACGGGAAAAGUCGCUGGUGUGAACACUUGUAUUGACAGGAUACGGGUUUGAAAAAAAUAUUGACGUCCGAAAUAAUCGCACGAAAAAAAAGAAAACGGUCCUGGUGUGAAAGGACCUUAAGUGUCAGCUGCCCCUGGUCUCCCCUACUACCCCACCCUUACAGCUGUAGCUCCAAUCUGACUACAAUCAGAUUUAUCAUUUUCUACCUGCAGCUGCUGAACGAGAGGCUGAUGGGGGCUGAAGGGACAAAGAUGGAAGAAGACUUCCUGAAGAUGGAGAAGGUAAAUCUCAAAUGAGUCUUUGUUCUCGUUGCUAUGAUAAAGAAACCUGCAUGUGUUCAGAGCUGACCGCCUCCUCUGUGUGUCUGUCAGAGCGUCAUGGUGAUAAACUCCAUGCUGAUCGAGCUGCUCUCCAAAAUCACCGAGUUCCUCCAACCAAACCCAGGUACUGAGGAGACCCGUAUUAACCUGCAGACACUGUUGGAUCAAAGUCGUUUACGCACACGUGUUUUUGUCUCUGCAGCCUACAGAGCCAAACUGAGCAUGCUCAACACCAUGUCCAGGAUCCGAGGGCAGGCCAGGUCGGUGGGUUAUCCGCAGACAGAGGGCAUGCUGGGAGAAUGUAUGUGCCAGUACGGACACGAGCUCGGGACAACUUCAGAUUUCGGUUUGACUUUGAUUUUCUUCAACAAGUUUCUUUGCUGCUAAACAGAAACCAGCGAGGACGAACGAAAUUUUGACUCUUUUUUCUAUGCUGCUCGCUCCUCCCUGCAGGUGGCGCUCUGUCCAGUGUGGGUGACGCUCUGCAGGAGGUCGCUCAGGCCAGGGACACUCUGGACGUCAAUGUCAAAGGCACCUUCAUCGACCCGCUGCAGGAGCUCCACAACACGGAGCUGAAGGAGAUCAGGGUGAGAAGGACGGUGACACUUCACUGUUACCGUGACUACGAGCGGGUUAACACAGGAAGUAACUCAGUCCAGAACAGAAUGGUCAUGUUUCAACAAACAUGCAGAAAAAACUCUUAAUACCUCACCAACGUUUCUCACGAUCUCACAGAAGAGUCUUAAAAUUCUCUCCAAGUGUCUCAGGAACCCGUGAAAGCUUCUCAAAUCCUGCAAUUGAAAGACCCGUUGAUUUUCUGCAAACAUUUUUGGAUUUUGUUUUUUUUUUUUUUUUUUACUUUUUCUUGACUGUUUUUAACUGUUUUUUUUAACCUGUAAUUUGACAGUUUUUUUACUGUUCUUUUUUAUUUCUUGACUGUUUUUUUUACGUUUUAUUUUUGACUGUUUUUUGACAGUUUUUUUGACCAUAUUUUAAACAAUUUUUUGUCAGUUUUUUAACCUGUUAUUUGACUGUGUUUGACAGUUUUGACAUUUUUUUACUGUUUUUUUUUUUUUUACCUUUUUUUGACAUUUAUUUUAUUUAACUGUUUUUUUGACAGUUUUUUAAAUGUUUUUUGUAUUUUUUUAAACUGUUUUUUGACUGUUUUUGGCUGUUUUUAAUGUGUUUUUGACAGUUUUUUCAAUGUUUUUUUGUAUUUUUUUUAACUGUUUUUGACAGUUUUUUGACUGUUUUUUGACCAUAUUUUAAACAAUUUUUUGUCAGUUUUUUAACCUGUUAUUUGACUGUGUUUGACAGUUUUGACUGUUUUUUUACUGUUUUUUUUUUUUUUUACCUUUUUUUGACAUUUAUUUUAUUUAACUGUUUUUUACAGUUUUUUAAAUGUUUUUUGUAUUUUUUUUAAACUGUUUUUUGACUGUUUUUGGCCGUUUUUAAUGUGUUUUUGACAGUUUUUUAAAUGUUGUUUGAACUGUUUUUGACAGUUUUUUGACUGUUUUUUGACCAUAUUUUAAAAAAUUUUUUGUCAAUUUAUUUAACUGGUUUUUUUUUUUGAUUUUUUUUAUCUGUUUUUUGACUGUUUUUUUAAUCUGUUAUUUGUCUGUUUUUGACAGUUUUGACAGGUUUUUUUUGACUGUUUUUUGGCCAUUUUUUAAAUGUUUUCUGACUCUUUUUUUUUUAAACAGUCAAAAACUGCAAACGUUUCUGAACUUGUUUUAGUUUUCUCAACAUCUUGCAUCAGUUUUUAAGAGUGGAGCAAACCAAAACGAGUGUCUAGUGCUUCACAAAAGUUUCUUUGGACAAAGAAACCCAAACAAGUUUUGCAGAAUCUCAUAAAUGUUUGCCAGGAGUUUUUAGAAGUUUCUUCAGGAUCUCAAAUCAUUUUUUCUUUGGACUCAAAAAUUUACUCAAAUUUCUCAGGGAGUUAAAAAGGACGUGAGAUUCUGCAGAAUAUCUGUGCAACAGUUUCCUAGAGUCCUGCAAAAUCUCUCAGGAUCUUGGAAGAGUGAGGAUGUGAAAACAGUUUUGUCGAGAAGAUUGUAGAAAUCUCCAGGGUCUUAAAAAAAAGUUUCUCAGGAUCAUUUAAAACUUUUUCAAGGAUCUUUGGAUAAUCGAUAUUCCUGUGGUUAUAAAACCGAGAACCUAAAGAGGAUACGUGUUUCUGUCUUCCUGCUCUCCCUUCUCAGUACCAGCUGAAGAAGCUGAACGGCCGCAGACUCGACUUUGACUACAAGAAGAGACGGAGAGGAAAAGUCCCGACGGAGGAGCUGCGACAGGCCUGGGACAAGUUCAGCUCCUCCAAAGAGCAGGCGGAGAGGAGCAUGUUCGUGCUGCUGCAGAGCGACGUCAGUCUGACUCUCAUUUUGAGAUUUUCUCGUCAUUUUACUUUGUUGUUGUUCAGUCUUACUAAAUUCUGCAGUGAAGUGUGAUCUAUGAAUCCUCUGAACGUUUACAGACAUAGGGCUCUAUUUUCGUGGCUCGCCGGCAGCGUGGCGCAGGCGAGGCACGUAAAUCGAGCCCCGAGUCAGAAUCAUCCGUUCAUCAGGGAUCAUGUCGCUGCUGGUUUACAGGUGUGUUCUGGUGUUUCGUCCUGCAGGUGGAUCAGCUCAAUCCUCUCUCAGCUCUUAUCUCUGAACUUUUGGACUUCCACCGCAAUGCUCACCGCACCUUGCUCAGUCUCCAUGGCAACCUGCAGGCAAGGUGAGGUUAACGCCUGUCAUGGUAUCAUGGUUCAAAGUCCGUAGAAAUGGAGUCUGAUUUCAGCUCGUAACUUUUGUACUUUUAUUUAAAAACAACCGUAUUAAUGGAGAUAAACGUGGUCCUGAAACUCUCAUUUGUAAUUUUUAAGCAGAUCCUGACGUUCACUAAAGUUUUCUUAUCUUUUCUGCUUACGUCAGUGCUGAUACCAGGAUGCAAAAUGACUGCAUGUUGUGUUUUCUUCUUUAAAAGACAUUAACGUUAAGAUUUAAGUGUAAUCCGCUUUGAUUCCAACCAUGAAAUGAUUAGUUGAACCUUUCUUUGAGUCUUUGAAUAUGAAAUGUUGAAAUAUUAAAGGUCAGAAUCCACCUUCUCUCUGCAGUUGAGAAAAGUCACCUGCUAAUGUGGGAUGCAGCGUGACCCGAUCAUCAUUCGCUUUAAUCCGAGUCGAACUUUGCAGAACAAACAUUGAAAGACUCGGAGCGAAGUGUGCAGCUGAUGUGAGCUCGCUGUGCCCACACUCUGAGUUCACUCCCACAGAGCUGGCUGCAGAUCCACAGAGGCUGAAAGUUGUUUGCAUGUGUUCGGCAGAUUGACGGCUGCGUCCAACAGACCGCAGCGGCGCUUCAGGCCCAAAAAGAUCCGAAUCCGAAGUGAGCACAACGGCAGCAUCGGGUUUUACCACCAGCCGUCCCAGGCCUCCACGGUUUCCUCAGGUCACUAUGAAAACGUGAACUUUAAUAACCUUUGAAUAAAAGACGGGAUCAUGUGAGACGUUUACCCGCCUCUGUUUUUUCCAGCAGAUGAGUUCACAGUGUUUUCGUCCAGACCCGGCAGCCCCAUCUCCUGUUACGGUGAGAGAAUCCAGACAUCGAAGAUCAAGAAUCAAGUUUUGACUGAAGAACUUUUAAGGAAGGUUUCCAGCUUUGAAGGACUCAGAGAAACAUCUCAGCUUUUUGCAGAAGAUGUGGUUCUGUUGGCUCCUUCAGGCUGGGACCUCCAGCAGUUACUGUGGUCUUUUGCUGAAGAACGGUGGAUUGCCCCUCCAAGUGGGGAGUGAGUUGAGGGAGUUUAGUUCUCGUGGGAUCUUGUUCAUGAGUGAGGCUAAAAUGGAUGUAAUGGUGAGUCUGCAGCAGUAGUAAAGGGUCCCCAGGUUCUCCAAGGAUCUUCCAAGAGAGUCAUAAGAUUCUGAUAAAGGGUUUUUCAAUCCUGCAGGAAUUUUUUCAGGAUCUAGAAAGAUAAUUUCGGGAAAUCAGUGAGUUUAGAUUCUGUUAAUUUGCAAAAGUUCCCUGAAAUGGUCAAAAAACAGUAAACAAACAGACAAAAAACAGUCUAAAUAUAGUCAAAAACAGUAAAAAAAACAGUCAAUAAACAUUAAAAAACAAUUAAAAAAACGGUCAAAAAAUGUUAAAAACAGUCUAAAAACAGUUUAAAAACAGUAAGAAAAACAGCCAAAAAACAGUCAAAAAAAGUACAAAAAUGAUCAAAAAAUAGCCAUAAACAGUAAAAAAAAAAAAAAAAAAGUUAAAGUCCAAAAACAGCAAAAAAGUUAAAAAACAGUUAAAAAACAAAAAAAAUGUCAAAAACAUAAAAAAAACAGUUUAAAAAACAGUAAGAAAACAAAAAACAGUCUAAAAAAGUAAAAAAAAAUGAUUAAAAAAAUAGUCAUAAACAGUAAAAAAAAAAAAAAGGUAAAAAAAGUCCAAAAACAUUAAAAAACAGUUACAAAACAAUAAAAAAAACUGUCAAACACAUACAAAAAAAGUUUAAAAAAAAAAACAGUAAGAAAACAGCCAAAAAAACAGUUUGGCUAGACCACCAGGUGGGAAAGGUUGAGGGGCAGAGAUUUUAAAGUUCUCAAACACCGUCUCCUCUCUCUCUCUCUCUCUCUCUCGCCCAGCUGACAGUAAGACGGUCCUGGAUCAGCCGUGCUGUCGAGCCCUGUACUCUUUCCACCCGAACCAGGAGGGCGAGCUGGACUUCAACGAGGGCGACAUCAUCAUCCUCACCAACCAGGUCGACGCCAACUGGUACGAGGGCGCGCUCGGCAGCCAAUCAGGACUGUUCCCCGUCAGCUACGUGGACGUGCUGGUGCCUCUGCCUUUACCGUAACACCCGUGAGAACGCAUCAAACUCCGGGCUGAAUGUCAGACAGAAAACACUGAGGAGGAUAUGCAACUUUACGGCUCCUUGUUUGCACUUUUCCACGAUCAGGAGGCGACUGUUGAGUGUGUUUGUCAGGAAAGGAAGGCCAUAGUUUCUACUGAAGAGCACUUUACUUUCUGAUCUCAUGUUUUCCUUUACAACACCAGCCGUUCAAGAAACUCAGUCAGAAAAACGACCUUUUCAGACCACCGUGUGUGUUUCCCUUUAAGACUUAAACCCUCUCCUCCUGCACAAACCUGCUCCUGCCUUUCACAUCGCUGCACAUUUCUAUUUAAGACUUUGACACACUUGAAUGAAGCCACCGAUGCAGUCAUUUAGAAAGUAGGAUCACAGCGUCGUUAUUACGUUUCCAUGGAGAUGGGAGUUUUCUCACCGUCCAAAAUAACUGCAGGUUUUAUUUUGACAUAGAGAGAAGCACUACAAUAUUUUAACGCUGUCGAGUUAAAUCACAGAUUCCUCCUAAAAAUGGCACAAAGCGGAUUAUAACGUCUCCAAACGUUGUGCGUCAGGAAGAAAAAUGACGACAUCUGCACAUUUUAGAUUUCAUGCCGGCACCGAAGUUCACAAAAAGUAGUACCUUAGUGAAUCUAGAAGACCAGAUUCCUGAGUCUAACCGUGAUAGAGGAUUUCAGCUGUUCAGGACCGCAUCAGUCCAGUCUCUCAGCAGGACUCUUCUCCUGUUUGGGAUCAGAUGAAGGUCUUUGUCUGGAUUGACGCAGAUGUUCCUCCUAAACCUGGAGAUAUUGUUUAAAACUGAGGAUGCAGCAUCUAUGAUUUCCAAUUCUAUGUUGAAAGGACAACUGGACUUAUUUAAGGCGAAAAGUCUCAAGUAAGUCCAGUUGUCCUUUCAAUGCUGUGAUUUCCACUCCAGAGUCCUGUCUGUUUUUAAAGGAAUAUUCUGGAGUAAAAUUAAUUUAGGGUCAAACCCACCGUAACACCGAGUUAGACCCCCCCUCCAGAGAUGAAUGUUGUCGACCGCUUACUUCUCUAGUUAUACCAACUUUAGUAACGACCGCAGGAUAGAAAUACAGAGAGCCACGCCCCCAACCAAAACGCCACUCUAUAGCCACAAAUAAUGCUCAGAACAGCACCUAACUUCAUCAACAGGACAUAUAGGGUCACAGCAACUCACCCACUCUCUUCCAGCAGCCGCUUGUUUGUGGCGAGACCUCAGACCAGUCCAUUAGGGACUACAGUGGGGUGUCACAGCUCAAGGAAGAACAUUUAUGAUCAUUUCUUUAUCAUUUCCUUGAAGUAAUAAUCUUCAUAUUAAUCAUUUUGCUCUGCAGACGCGGUAGUUCUUCUGAAAUGAUCAUAAAUGUUCUUCCUUGAGCUGCAUCCUAAAGUUGGUAUAACUAGAGAAGCAAGCGGUCGGCAACAUUCAUCUCUGGAGGGGGGUCUAACUCAGUGUUACGGUGGGUUUGACCCUAACUUAAUUUUACGCCGGAAUAUCCCUUUAAGAUCCUGAAGAUCAGGACCAUCCAGUCCUGGUUUUGGUCCUUGUCCCCCUUUAGUACAGAAGUUUCUCCAGAUCCUCUGAAUCUGUAGACGAUGAAAUCCACUCAGGAACUUUAUUCUCAAACUGUUGAACUGUUCGCUCACAGAGUCCUGAACCUCCUCCAUCUUUUCCUCUGUUUGGACUUUUCACAAAUGUCGCUGGCAUCCUUUUUUUUGUUAAUGUGAAUCUAGUCUUUAAAUUAUCUGCAAACCAUCAAAAUCUGUUUUUAAUCAACGUUUGAUGCAGCAUACCGACUCUUACGGAGCUGCGGUUGUAAAUAAGGAUUAAUAAUUAACGAGACAGAAUCAAAUAAAAGCUCUUAAGCUAAAUUAAGUGGUUAACACUGAUUUUAAUGUAAGUGUACAGAUUGUGUUUUUGUUUUAGACCUGAGGUAUCCAACAUCAUGUGGUAGUUUUCUUAGUUCCUUAAAGGAGUUCAACAAAUUAAGAAGGUUCAGAGAUUAGAGACUAUUUUACUCAAUCUAAUCCCAAUAAGAAAAAUGGAUUAAAAACUGAAGGAUCACAGAAAUGCACCGACAUGUUUAACGCACUUCUCUGUGAUAUUCGAUGUGGAGCUGAAACACAGACUUUAGAGAAAACAGCACAUUUAAAGAGCCCUGUUAGAGUCUCUGCAUGCUGAAGUGGAUUAGACACUACAUAGAGUUAAAAUAAUCAGAUCUACGGCACAUUUGAUCCGACAAACAUCACUGCUGGAGUCUAAGCGGGAGAACAGCCAAUCGAGGGUGUGCGCUAGGACACGCCAAACGCCUCCAUCCAUCCACCAGUGAGGGGAAUGACUAAGAGACUAAAUAAAACAGUGUUUCCUGACACGAACAGGAGCCCGAGUCGAAGCUGAAGGUUCGAUCAGUUAACGCCGACAGCUCUUUUCAGUGUGAGGCACGGAUUAUUCACAUGAUCGAGAGAUUAAUUUAACGACUACAACCAGUUUGAAUCGUUUACUUUCACUUCAUGGAAAUAACAGUCGUACUUGGUUCAAUAGGAGCCGGUUUAAUUGAUCGAUUUGAAAGAAUCUGACUGUAGAACCAGCUGAGUUAAACAGAGUUAGCAGGAUAUUAAAGGAGCAAUAACUGAAACAAAGCUCAGUGUCUUCAGAAGAUGCCUCAUCAUGGUUCUCUUAGGGCCUGUGUCCACUGAUCGCGUUUUAGAAGCUUGUAGCGCCCACAACCUCAUGUCAGUGCGCUUCCCAUACCUGCGGACUGUCGCUAGGAAACAGAAGUUAUCUCGUGGCGAAUACUUUCAUGAUCAGAAACUCAAGCUUUGGAAAUGUUCUAGUACAGAAGAAGGCGAACUGUUGAGGGGAAUUUCAUAUGAAGACACAGGUGGUGUACAGCAGGUUUAUCUUGACUUUAAACCUCUGCAGUGUUUUUGACAUCAAAUAUCUUCAUUUUCAACAAUUUUGAAGCCCGAAGACUAGAGCUGCAGCUAUCAAAUAUUUUAGUAAUCAAGUAUUCUACCGAAUGUUCUACCGAUUACUCGAGUAAUUGGACCCAAACGUCAGACUCACAUAAAGUUAGAUUUUCUUUAGCCCCGCAAUGAAGGCCAGACUCUGAGAAAUAGAGGACGAUCACGGAACAAGCGUGUGCGUUAGCGGACUACAAUGCUCGUAAAAAAGCUUAUUAUGAUAUUAACUUUAAUCAUGUCCCUGAAGACAUUCGUGUCCGAGAGCUGGAUAACUCCGAUGUUACCGGUUUCUGCUACGACACCAGCGAUGUUAGGCUACAAGCUAGUGUGAAGAGAAGUGUGCAGAGUUGCUCGGUCGGCAACACUGCGAGAAAAGUCUCAUCAUUUAUUUUUACACUCCGUAAAACCUAAACAGCGCUAACUCCUCCGUCUACCGUGGUGACGUAAGCGCGUUGUGUCACCUUCAAAAGAAUCCGUGCGAAACAGGAAACAGUGACGAUUUGAGCUUAUAAAGGAGAACUGGAGGCAGAGAAAAUUCUUCGAUCAUUAUUUGUUGUCGAGGUAUUCGAGGAAUCGUUUCAGCCCUACUGAAGACCACCUUGUGAGACACCAGAAUCAUUUCCGGGUGGAGCUGAGGCGCGUACAGAAACAACCUGCAGGGGACUGAUUUCACACCCUGUCCACCUGUUAACAUGGAGGAGGCGAGCUUUCACGACCUAUACUACAGCCAGUCACCAGGGGGAGCUCUAGAUCCUUUGGUUUGACAGUCAGUGAAGACCUGUGGCAUCCAAUUAGAUUUUAGAUCUUUGAAUUUCCCCCCUUGCUGUUUAUGUUCGUUAAAGCGAGGCGAGCAGGCCCAAUAUUUAUGCUAAAUAAGCUCCUGAAACGGUCAGUUUUGUUCUUUUUUAAACUGGUAACUCCUGGUUAAACUGCUGUAGUUCAUGUCAAACGACUGAAUACUGAUACUGUGUGGAGGCAGUACUGUUCAAGCUUCACUUCAGCUCUUCUGUUGAUGAUCCUGCUCUAUUUGUAGAAGAAUUUAGUCCAGGUGAAUGUAGAAAAACAGCAUGAUUUGUCUGUCUGGUUGCCAAACGUAGAAUUAAUCUCUCUGAUUCUGGACGUCUGAAGUUUUAUCCCUCCAACAGGUGCAUAUUGAUCUUUUAAGUUACUGUAUAUUUUGAUGUUUUUUCAGAUCUUGGAUCUCUAGUUUAGUUGAUGUCAGCGUUGACCAAAAACCUUGUCGUUUUCGAGGUAUUAAAGGAGCUCUGUUAUGUAAUCAGCUUUGAGGGGAAUUAUGGGAUUUCCCUCAAAAUCCAGCAAAUGCAGAAACCGUUUCCGCCGAGUGACUGACUCUGCUGUAAAGACUGUAAAUCUAUGAAUGUCAUUUGAUAUUCUAACUUUUUAGUUUUUAAACCAUCGGAUGCUGAAGUCUGUUAAUCCUCUGAACACACUGAUGUUUGCUGUAAAACAACAAAAUUCACUGGAAAUGUAUUUCUGCAAUAAAUCUGCGGUGAAUGUGUUCAGGUCUGGUUCCUGUUUUCUCUCUUUAGUGAACGCUCACGAAUCACAUUUUGAGUAUUUUUGUUUUUUUUGUUAGAUGGAUGCAUUUAAGACAAAUCUCAGCACGAUGGUUUUAAUAAUAGCCUACUUAAAGCUUCAUUCACUCAGAUUUAUCUAUUGACUGAUUGUGUUUUAUUUUAUUUGUAAAGGGACAAUGCUCACGAUUUUAUUUAAUUGUUUCCAUUGAAGCUCUAGGCUGAUGAUACAACUUCACCAAAACAAUAAGUUUCUAUUUUGGCUUUUUGUCUCUUUACAUGAACACGGUACAACACAAAUCAGCGGUAAGUAGACUGUUCAGAAGUAACUGUUUAAUGGGGUCAAAAAUACUCACGUUAAUGUAGGCAGUAAGAAUUUUGGAUGCUACUGUAAGAUGAUGAACAUUUACCUCAGUAGUUAACAAAUACAGUCAAGAUAACUGUGAGUGUAUUUAAUGAAUAUUUGUUUGUUUGUUUAUUUGUAUUUUUGCCAAAAACAAAUAAUUAAAAAAGAUUUUUUCGCUCAGUAACGCUGUAACAUUGUGACAUUGUAGUUCCCACCUUCCUCCAGCAGAGUGCGCAAUCACAUUAGGCCCUCACUGGCCCAACUUCCGCCUGCGGCUUUAAGCGUUCACCGGAAGUCCGCUCGUCCUCUUCUGCCAGGCCGAUCCAACAUGGUGGGUAUUUUUUUUCACGUCUACUGCGGCUAUCUGAACUAAUCCUGCCGUUCUAACAGCUUAAAUCCACCACUUUUAUCAGCAACAGAAACCGGAGUGUUUAUUUGUCACAGUCAGCCUGAUAUUAUCGAUCGAUCGCACAGUCGGAGUGAUAUAUUUACUGGAUUGUGGCGGAGAGGUGAUGCUAGCGGAGUGAAGUCGAGAAUCGGUUUGACUGAGCCUCGCUUUUCAUUCAGGUCUUACAGUUUGACUGCAAACAGCGUCGAUGUUGUGUUCUGUAGAUUUGGACUGUUAAAAUGAUGUUAAAGUGUAUAAAUGUGUUUUUGGAGCAGUUAGCUGUGGUGGUGGAGGCUAAGCCGGUAGCUAUAAACGGUCUGCAGCUCCUCUUCGUCCUCGUCCACCUCCGGGGGUUUAAACCUCAUUUCUUUAGGAGCUGCAGGAGUUAAAUAAGGUUAUAUGUUUCUCCAGCGGUACUGUGCAGUUUUAGGGACAUGAAUCAGUUUAGUUUAUUAUACUUUAGGGUUUAGUGAAAGGUGGUUUUAAUGCAGAUCCUCCAUCAGAUGAGGACAUUCAUUGAGAACACUAAACGUAAAUCUAACCUGAUAAAAAUCCACCUUUGAAUUUGAUUUAAUCUGUGAAAAGGCUGAUUUGACACUGAAGAGUUUGCCUGUGAUCACUUAGUGUCCAAAUAUGAAAUCUGUUUUUUGUCUUGGUGAUGAAAUCUUAGAAAUGUUGAUUAAAAUAAAGGAUUAAUUUAGAACCCUUUUACGGUGAAAUCAGGAUGAUUGGCUGUACAGGUGUGUCCCAGUAAACUAAACCUAUUCUUGGAGGGCUGUCCUGUGUUUUAUUGGUGACAGGUAGGGCUGGGUGAUAUGGGAAAGUCUACCACGAUAUAUUUUUUUCACAUCAGUUGAAAUCGACAAAUAUCACAGGGCUCGACAGUGCGACCGUUUCACUCAUACUUGCGACUAAAAAUCGAUGUGUGUGAAUUGUAAAAUGUAUUUAGGGUCACAUGUGCGCUUAAAGAAAAUCAGACGAGGUAACAAAUGUUAUUUCACGUAAACACGGCGGUGAAGUUAGUUUAAGGUUGGAUAUUCGAUGAAUUCACUGUGGAUCUACCGGUAACGGCAACAGCUUUUCUCCCAAUUCAAUUAUGGUUUUUUGGAUGCCGAUUCAAUUUAAAUUGCGAUUCUACGAUAUCGUCGAUAUUUAGUCUGUAUUUUUAACUCCAGUGAAACAGUUGAAUGAUUAUGAUUGUCUAUUGACUAAUCCAGGAAUCAGAAGUAUUCAUUUUAAAACAAAAUUCUGAUUUAGUGAGCCGCACUUUUCAGAGUCAGACCCGGUUCUGUUGGAACUGAAUGCAUAAACCUAAACCGAAGCUGUGAUUGGUUGUUCUGUCUGCAGGGACGAGUCAGGACUAAGACGGUGAAAAAGGCCGCCAGGGUCAUCAUCGAGAAAUACUACACCCGGCUGGGCAGUGACUUCCACACCAACAAGAGGGUGUGCGAGGAGAUCGCCAUCAUCCCCAGCAAGAAGCUCCGCAACAAGAUCGCCGGGUGAGUGUUUUGGUCAUCAGCUGACUCGUGUCUGCUGUCCUGUAUCGAAAGUGAUCAUGGCGUCCUCAUCGUCAGGUCAUUGAUAGUACAGGAAGAUCGACCUGCGAGCCUUUCCCGUGUUUGAAGGAUGAUUGGUUCCUGUCAGACCCUGAUGCUCUCAGACAUUCACAGUUGGGCAGUACUGGACUUUACUCUUCUGGAUUUUUGAUGCAGUUUUUGUUCUUCAUCAUGUUUGUGGACUUUAGAGUAAUCAGGACCUAGGACCCCUUCACCCUCAUUAGACUUUAAAGAAGCUAACGAGGGUUGGAGGUCUCUGUGCUCCACUUGUUAAACACUCAGAGUCCCAUUAGGGAACGGUUGAUCCGCUACAGUCAGGUGUUAUUAAAGCAGGUAGAGACUGUGUGUUAUAUCAGCCUGUGUGUAGAAGCACGGACACAUCAGACAGAUGAGGUUCUGGAACUUUCCCCAGGAACCAUAGACCUGUUUGAGGAACUGUUUCGACUGCAGGAACCAGGGUUCAGGUUCAAAGAUCUAGUCCUCAAAGUCCCAGUUCAGUGUGUGGUCCUUUUUUUAUGGCUCAUGGAGUUAUGUACAGUGGCCAAAAACCAUAUAAACCAUAUAAAAAAAGAAACGGUGCAGAUAAAAAAAUUUUCAAAAGCCACAACGGAAGUAAAUGAUGCAAAAAAAGUGGCGAUGGCAAAAAAAAAGUUACUACGAAAAUAAAAGGAUGCAAAUAAAAAAAGGCAAAACAGAAGCGAGCUACUGGGGACCAAUAAUGAUGAUGCACCGGCGUUUUACAAUCUUGACACAGAAGACGACGGUGAGAAGACGAGCAAAGAAGUGAGCGGAAAGGUUAUUGAUUAAUUUCACUUUGUAAACUUUUCAAUGUGUCAUUUGGUUAGACCAUCCAUCACCUGAGUGGAUAUGAAGUUGAACUAAAACGAACACUACACUGAUAUCCUCCAGUAUAACUUCAUAUGGACUCAGGCUCUUCAUGGUCUAACCACAUGACACAUAAAAAAGUUAAUGAAGUGAAAUUAAUCAAUAACCUUUCCGCUUACUUCUUCACUCGUCUUCUCGCCGUCGUCUUCUGUGUCUGGAUCGUAAAACACCUGUGCAUCAUCAUUAUCAGCUCACUUCUGUUGUGACUUUUUUUGUUUGCAUCCUUUUUAUUUUUGCAGUAACUUUUUUUUUUUUUUUUUGAAUUGACACUUUUUUUUACGUUGUUAACUUCCUUUGUGGCUUUUUAAAAUUUAUCCACACCAUUUUUUUUAUUUCAGUUUUUUUGUUUGUUUUGUUUUUGUUUUUUGCAGCAGUAACUUCCGUUGUGGCUUCUUUUUAUUUUUGCUUUCUUUUUUAUUUGCAGUGGUGGUUCUCAGCCACCGUAGUUAUGGAGACAGAGUGUGGUAGUUUUAUGUACAUUAGAAAAGCAGGUGGUUAAUUUACUGCUUAAAUACUGUUUACAAACACAGGAGAGGGGAGAUUCAAGAUUAUCGUGAGUUACUGACUCAAAAAAAACCCGACAGCAUGACCAACUGUUUUUCUGAACAUGAACAAACUCUGAAAAAACAACCAAGUGUUUCCAUUUCUUUCUCCGUCACGCUCAAACAGGCGACUGUUGUCUGGCGCCGGCUGCUGUCUGACUGUUGCUGCUUCGGCUUUCUUCCUUUUUUUUUUUUGUUCUUUAAAUGUCGUAUUAAACUCGCCGUGUUGAAGCUUUUUAGCUCGAGGUUUUUGUUUUACGUUGUCUGUGUGGCAGGACGCGAACUCUUCGUCACUCUCACAGACCGUAUAGAAGUCUCUCACGGCAGACAUGUUUGUUUGGGUUUGCCGCCGUCUCUCGGCUCUCAGGCUGAGUUCUUUGUGUGUUUGGCGUCUCUGAUGUUGUGUUUGCCGUCUCUGCAGGUAUGUGACGCAUCUGAUGAAGAGGAUCCAGAGAGGUCCCGUCAGAGGCAUCUCCAUCAAACUGCAGGAGGAGGAGAGAGAGAGGAGGGAUAACUACGUACCAGAGGUCAGUGAACGCACCACGGCAUGAUCGCCUUUCCUCCAUGGUUUUGACUUUUCUGCAUCUUGACGUGUCCUGUAUCGAAAGUGAUCAUGGCGUCCUGGUCGUCAGGUCAUUGAUAGUACAGGAAGAUCAAACCUGAGAGCCUUUCCCGUGUUUGAAGGAUCACCUGUUUCUAUCAGACCCUGAUGCUCUCAGACAAACUCUUAUCCCAUCUUUAGAAGAAUUUUAGAGAGUUUGAAAGUGUGCGAACAGAAUAAAUGAGUGAUGCCCUCAGAAAUAGUUGACAGACGACGGUUUAAAGUCGGCUGCCAUGAUGAGACGCCUCAUCCUGACCUCAUCUGUGUGUUUGUGUACCUGUGCAGGUGUCCGCUCUGGACCAGGAGCUGAUUGAAGUUGAUCCCGACACCAAGGAGAUGCUGAAGCUGCUGGUGAGUCUGAAAUCAUCUUAACUCUCUGAGCUCCAAACUGGACCGUUAGAACCAGGCGGCAAAUAUCCAAACUCAGAUGAGUCACAGUGCUCGCCAUUCCAGUCCGCCACAAGCUCGGGUUCAAGAAAUCUGCGCCAUGUCGGUUUAACCGACGACCCUGAAUAAACGCAGAGAAACGUUAAAACAACGGCACUGAAAUAAAAACAACAGGACUCUCUAGAAGCAUAAAAACACAGUGGUAACUUCUAUAGUUAUACAUCUACAUUUUCAGAAAACAUCUAAACUCCUCCUCCUCCUCCUCCUCCUCUUCUUCUGUGGCUCCUGAUCAGAGUCGUCACCUCCUCAUCACAGCAGCAGAAAAAGACUCAGAGGAGACGAAAAGUGACGCUCAGAGAUUGUCACUUACUACGAUUACACGACACUCGAGAAAAACGAAUUAUCGCUUUAUUCCGAUUAAGACCGGACAACUGAAGUUCAUGUAAACACCUUAGUCUGACUCCAGAGUUUGAGAACUCCAAUUAAGACACCCAGAAAAUGAAUUUGAUUUUUCUCUACCAUGUAACCAGCGUAGUCGGAGUAUGAUCGGACAAUGCAUGUACGUGUGAGCCACGCCCCCGUAACCCUGGAACAAAACCCCCAGAGUAGAGGAGUAGCGUUGGUCUCAUCUUUAGAAAAAGUAGCGCGUUCAUCAUGUCGGACAAAAACAACGCUGUACGAUGCUCCAUCUUCUUGUUUCUCCAAAAUGCCCAGCAGCAGUUGUAGACACUUCUGACGUCUGACACCGACCUGCUGUUGUUGUUGACGGUUGGAUGGGGUCGGAAACAGUGCCGCUGAAAAGACCCAUAUCGCCCCCUAGUGUUGGGGAGGAGGACACGUUCACGUCAAUGAUUCAGUUUUCUCAGCUACAUGUAAACGAGGACGAGGAGAGAAGUCUGAUUCAGAGAAAAAAAAAACAGAUUAUAAUCUUAGAUUAAACUGUGACUGUAAACGAACUGCGUGAUGAUAUAAAUCAGCAGUUGAAGGAUCUGAAACUCUCCUGAGAGCCACAGAAGCUUUGACCCUCCAGCUGUUUGGAUUUAACAGAAGUUAAGAUGUAGUUAUUGGUUUUAAACGGUGUAAGUACUUGAAUCAUCACGUGCCUUAAACUUCAGAGAUAAUAUUCAGAGUGAUUUGUUCUCGUUGUAGCUGCGCGGGUUUUCAUCCCUGUAUCGAAAGUGAUCAUGGCGUCCUGGUCGUCAGGUCAUUGAUAGUACAGGAAGAUCAAACCUGAGAGCCUUUCCCGUGUUUGAAGGAUCCUCCGUUCCUAUCAGACCCUGAUGCUCUCACACAGUUUGAACCUCUCUGUCUAAAAUCAGCUGUUUUGACUCUGUGGUUUGGUGCAGAGGUCUCACCCUGCUUCUCUUUCUGUCUCUCAGGACUUCGGCAGCCUGUCCAACCUGCAGGUCACCCAACCAACCGUCGGCAUGAACUUCAAGCAGCCCCGAGGAGUCUAA